GCUGCCUCAGUGCUGCUGCCUGGCCGCUAGAGGAGGAACCGAGCUCCUGUAAGCUCCUGUACGUCCGGCUGGAAGCGCUGCACGAGCUGAAGGAGCAGCCUGGAGAGCUGAGGAGUUUCUUCCUGCCGUUUCCUCUCCUUCUCUCACUUUGUGGAGCUUGGAUGGGCUGCAGAAGAGUUUGGAGAGCUGAGGAGGUGAUGAGGCAUCGCUGACCGAGGAGCUCCACGCUUUGGCUGGAACUAUAGCAACAAGUACGGCGGAUAUAGUUUCAAAUAUAUAUAUAUACAUUUUUUUUUUACAUUUUUUCCAUUUUUAAAAUAUAUUUUUAAUUUUUAUUUGCUUAACUUUUCGUUUUUUAUUCAUACUAUUCAAUUUCGUUUUUAUCAGCAUUAUUUUUGUUACUUUUUAAACUUUUUUACUACAAUUUUUUAGAUAUAUUGUGUCAAAUACAUUUAAAAAAAAACCGCUCAUUAUCGUCAUUAAUGGUUGGUGCGUUAUCAUGGAGCUCGGUCCCGCGUGCUGAGCGCGCGCCCUCCCAGUAAACGAUGAAGCUGCUCGGCCUUUAUGGACUCGUGUGGAGUUGUCUUGGCUUCGUGCAGAGCGCGCGGGCCGCGCUGGCUGACCACCAUGUGCACUCGAGCUUCAUCUACAGGCGCCUGCGGAACCACGAGAGGCGCGAGAUCCAGCGCGAGAUCCUGUCCAUCCUGGGCCUGCCGCACCGCCCCAGGCCCUUCUCGCCGGGCAAGCACGCGUCCUCCGCGCCGCUCUUCAUGCUGGACCUCUACAACGCCAUGACCACGGAGGACGAGGAGACGGUCGUGGUGGGCGAGGAGGGCAAAGGGGCGCGUGGGAAAGCGGCGGAGGGCGCGCGUAAAGGCGCUCACGGCCCCCCGCGGCAGCCCUCGCCCAGCCACAGUCCGCGCCUGGCCACCCCGCACGACACCAACUUUCUCAACGACGCGGACAUGGUCAUGAGUUUCGUCAAUAUGGUGGAGAGGGACCGAGAUUUCUCCCACCAGAGGAGACAUUACAAAGAGUUCCGAUUCGACCUGACUCAGAUCCCGGAUGGCGAGGCAGUAACAGCGGCUGAGUUUCGCAUCUAUAAAGAUCACAGUCACGGCAAAUACGAAAACGUCACGCUCAAAGUCUCCAUAUAUCAAGUUAUCAAAGAAUACCAAAACAGGGAUGCCGAGACAUUUUUGCUCGACUCAAAGAAAGUCCGCGCCUCAGAUGGAGGAUGGCUGGUGUUUGACAUCACAGCUACCAGUAACCACUGGGUGCUGAACCCUCAGCAGAACAUGGGCCUUCAACUCUGCGUGGAAACCAUGGACGGUCGAAGCAUCAACAUGAAAUCCGCGGGGAUCAUUGGAAGGAGCGGGCCGCAGUCCAAGCAGCCUUUUCUUGUUGCUUUUUUCAAAGCCAGUGAAGUGUUGCUGCGCUCUGUAAGGGCCACUGGGGGCAAGAGGAAGAAUCACAGCAGAAACAAAAGCAGAAGUCAACAGAAAACCUCACAGGCUCCCAGGAGUGGAGAUCAAAACACCAGCGAACAGAAGCAAGCCUGCAAAAAGCACGAGCUCUACGUCAGCUUCCGCGACUUAGGAUGGCAGGACUGGAUAAUCGCGCCUGAGGGUUAUGCAGCUUUUUACUGCGACGGAGAAUGCUCGUUCCCACUCAAUGCACAUAUGAAUGCAACAAAUCAUGCAAUUGUACAGACUUUGGUCCACCUUAUGUUCCCUGAUAAUGUGCCAAAACCCUGCUGUGCCCCAACCAAGCUGAACGCUAUAUCUGUGCUCUACUUUGAUGACAGCUCAAACGUCAUUCUGAAGAAAUACCGUAACAUGGUAGUCAGGUCUUGUGGGUGCCACUGAGGGUAAACCGCACCCAGUUUUGGGAGCAUGUUUUGCAGGCACAGAAUAAGCCUAGUCUUGGGCUAAAUUACAUUGCCACUGGGGAUUAUCCAUUGAAUCAUUUUGAAUCUAGGACUCUGGAAUAAUCUGUGCCUGUAAAACCUACCAUGUUGGUGAUAUGGCUGGAAUCAAAUCCAUACUCUCCUAGUAGAUAGUUUUGACAUUUGAUGUACAGUGUUAUGUAUAUAUUAGCUCAUGAAUGCUCUUAUUUAUUUGCCUUUAACUGUUCCAAUAGAAGGUAUGUAGAAAGUUACCACUUGCAGAUACACGUCUGAUGCUGAGGACCGGUUUCCCAGACCUAGAUUAAGCCUAGUUAUAAAACGGAUAGUUCCGGUCCUAAAAUCUGAUUGGCUGAUAUAUGCACACCUUUGACCGCCUCACAGCAACUGAACUCUGUAUCACUGUAUCAUCUUUGCCUCUAAUGCUGCUCCCAGGAACCACAGACAAAGUAAGAACCUGCUUUUUGUUCAAACUGAGCGGCUGGCAGCUUAUGUUCUUAACUAAAACCAGACUGGUCAGCCAGCUAACAGGCUACAAGAUAGCUAUUAGCCUAAACAACUCCGUUAUUAAUAUCACAGGUUAGAAUUAAAGUACAUACAAUAUGAUUCACUGUAAAAGGGCAUUUUAAAACACUCUAGAAUGUGACUUGAAUGACUUACACGCUUCAAAUAUCCAUGUAUAGACUGACUGAAACACAUGUGUGUGUUUGCAGGCUGAAUCCCAAAUGGCUCCGUACUCCCUAAAUAGUGUGCUAGCUAUGAAAGUUUCAAAAUUCUAGCCUCUACAGCCAAAUAGUGCAUCAUUUAUCCAGCUUGGAUGUGUCUGAGUCCCAAAUAACUACUUUUUAGCUAUAUUAUUCACUGUAGUGGUGCAGGAACUGGUAUUUAAAGUCCUACGUAGUCCACUAUGUGUAGCCAUUUGAGAUUCAGCCCCAGCAUGAGAAGAGGGCACCACUGGAUUGGUGCUAAAUAAGACUUGCAGUGGUAAUUUGGUGACCAAAAAGUUCUUAUAAAGUGAAAUGUUUUGCGUUAAACAGUGCUGUUUUAUCAUAUGUUCAUUGUUAUACGACAAAAAGUUGAAAAGUUCAUGAAAUGACCGCAGUAUACAGCGAAGGGUGACCGAACGUUCUCCUCAUUCUGCGGUCCAUGGUUGCUUGGCAAUGACACCCAUACGCUUAAGGAACUACAUUUCUUGGCGGAAUACUUGUUUAUGGCGAUUAUUAUUAAUAAUAAGUUCUGAAAAAGUGUGUAUUUUAUCAUAGUUUAUAUUGGCCGCUGCUUCGCGUCGUGCCUAAUAACACCCUUCCCCGUGAUGAAAUUGCAGUAACACACAGCCUCUUGUGGCUUAUUGCUUUAAUCGAGACUAAAAAUAAUUUACAAUAGUGAUUUACCAUUGGCACUGCAGUUUAGUCCAAGACUAGGCUUAAUCCAUGUUUGGGAAACCUGAUCUUUCCUGAGGAUUUGUCUAAUAUACGAGGCCAGUACAGCAAGCAAUAUCUAUCAUGGUUUCAACAAUGUCCAGUGAUCUUUUGAUUUCAGAUCAUUGUCAGUUUAUUAGAGACCACUCAAAUAAGGCAGCGCUGCUAUUUUAAGAUAUGAAAAUAUGCAAAAUUGUAUUCAGUCAUUGUAACUUUGGAUUACGGCACAAUUAGCUGGUUUGCUCAUUGAUAAGAAGCUAAAAUGAACCUGUUCUCAUGUGGCUCAGGAUUAUGUCGUAGAAUUAUGAUCAUCGGAUAUGAUCGUGUGCUGAGAUAGAACUGACCCCCCCUUCCUUCCACCACCACCACCCUCUAGAGUCACUUUAUAUCAGUUGAGAUACCAGUGAAUGCAUAUGCCUCUGGAAAACCUGGGGAAGAUUUGAGGUGAUAGUCUUCCAAGAUGCUCCUGACUUUCUUAUACAUUUACAUUAGUAAUUUGAGUAAUAUAUUUUUGGAAAGUAUUUCAUUUACUGUAUUAGAACAACGUUUAUGUGUCAGUAAAUAUAUUUUCAAAUAA